AUGGCCGAGGUUCAAAAUUUCAUUAGAAUAUUUCUUUUCCUUGUAUUGUUGUUUGAAACUCAAUCAUCGAUAUCAAAUGUUCCACCAUCGCAUAUAUUAUUUGUACCUAUCCCAUACCGCUCUCAUUUAAAUGUGCUAAUUAGUAUUACUCGUGCACUUUCGCAUUGUCACCGAAUAUCUUUUGCGGUAUUUAACGAGGAUAUUCCAAUAGUUAUAAAUAAACUUCAACGUUAUCGAUCAGUCGGAAUAGUUUCUCUUGGCCCCUUGCCAAAUGUUGAACGAAUGCACGAGCUACACGAUAAUGAAUCGAGUUUUCACUUGUCAAGUCGCGCACUAAUGUCUAAUGUAGCUGAUUACAGACCGAUGCAUGAUAGUCUUCUAUCUGAUCUCAACGUUCAUAAAUACGACAUGAUGAUUAUUGAUAUUUAUGCGCAUGCUGCAUUAGAUCUUGCACGUGAUUUGAACAUUCGAUUUAUGAUCAGUGCGCUUCCAUUCUCAGUCAAUGAACUGAAUCGCCCAUCAUGGAUUCCUUCCGGUUAUGAUACAUUGACAGGAAAACAUUUACGAAAUUCCUUUAUCUAUCGUUUUUAUAAUUUCUUCAUUCUUCCCCUUUUCCGAGUGUAUCAUUUUGCUACGCCUGUACGAAUACUGAACGAGCAUCGACGUGCAUCAAAUCGUACUUUAUUAAGCUCAUCAUCAAGUCUAUUCGAUACUUGGAAUUCAUGGGAAAACAUUCCUGUUCUUGUCGCAAGUUCAUUUGCACUCGAGCUUCACUCUCAUCUUCCAAUCGAUUAUCAUUACAUUGGCUUUGUGCUCGAUAACCAAACAGAAGCUGAAACAGACAAAUCUAGCGACGUGAAUGCAUGGCUUGAUCGAAGUAAAUCGUUGGAUGAAUUUGUCGUAGUUGUUGCAUUAGGAACAGUUAUUAUACCUCAUGAACGAAUAUGGAAAGUACUUAUUCAAACAUUAGACCUUAUUCCACAAAUGCGCCUUCUUUUAACUGUCCCUCAACAGGAUAAACACCAUAAAAUUCUUCAAUUUCUCAGUUCUGGAAUAGACAUUGAAUUCCGAUUGAAGAUUGUUUCUUGGAUAAAUCAACAACAAGUACUCUCUCACUCAUUCGUCAGAAUCUUUAUAACACAUGGAGGAAUCAGUAGUCUGGCUGAAUCAAUAUAUAUGCACGUACCAUUGAUUGUUUUACCGGCUUUUGCUGAUCAGUUUGACAAUGCAAUGAAAGUAGAAGAAGCCAAUAUUGGAUAUGUUGUUGAUUGGCAUACCAUUACGUCGGAUCUACUUGCCAGUUAUAUUAACAAAUUAAAUGAUAAACACGACAGUGUCGUUGAACGUUUAGUCUGUAUUCAUCAAAUUAGUGAAUUAGCCGGAGGAGCUCAAAAAGCGGCUAAAAUAAUCGAUCAAUGGCUACUCAUCGGUUAUUUGCACUUGAAUAACUUCAAUUCUGAACAAUCUCAACUUUCUACCUUUGUUAAAUACAAUUUCGAUUCAUAUCUUCUUUUGAUAUCCAUUUUUAUUAUCGUGAUUUAUUUAUUCUUACGAGUAUCUAAAUUAUUCAAAUAUCGGUUAAAAUCUUAUUCGAAACAUAAUAAAGAACAGUAA